UACCACUUAUUUUUUCGAUAUGAUUUUACAAUCCUUAGCUUUUUAUUACACUUAAAUUGGCCAUAUAAAAAUGUUUAAUCUCUUGUAUUCCACUGAGUGAUACAAGGUUUUAAUAUAAACACAUAUAUCCACACCACCUGUAGUUAUUCCAUCUAAAUUUAGUUAAACCAUGUAAUGCUAGUUAGAGAGUAGAUGUCGUUGGAAUUUACUUAUUUAUUUAGGGGUAACUACUUCCAUCAGUGCAUGUAAUUUGGCUCGGGAGUUGUCUCUAAGUUAUAUAAGAUUUAUCAUUAAACUUCUUCUAAUAACUCGAGUUACUGACACUAAUUAGUAUUUUUUACACUCUUACAGGAGGAUACGCAAAGAGUAAGACAACUCGUAAGUUUAUCGCCAUUCUCCUUCCCGUCUUCGGCGGAGCCACCAUACUCGGGGUUUUCUUCUUCGUACUAUGCAGCCGCGCGAGGAGACGGAAGAAGAGAUCGAUAAUUCCACUACUUCAUCAGCAGAGUAAGCAAUAAUAGCAAUCAUUAAUGUUGGUGAAAUCAUCCUUCGCUGUAAUUAAUUAUCCCCUCUCUGUGAAUCAAUCAAUAAAAGUGGCGGAAGUAAUGAGCAGCGAUGGACCUGGCAAACUACUGCAAUUUGAUUUCGACGGGAUCAGAGCUGCAACGAACGGUUUCGCGGAUGGAAGGAAGCUCGGACAAGGUGGAUUUGGAGCUGUGUACAAGGGCACUCUAUCAUAUGGACAACACAUAGCAGUCAAGAGACUAUGUAGGCAUUCAGAGCAGGGAGACUUGGAAUUCAAGAACGAAGGAGAACUGGUGGCCAAGCUUCAACACAGAAACUUGGUUAGAUUUCUUGGUUUCUGCUUGAAAGGGAACGAAAGGCUUCUCAUCUACGAGUUUGUGCCUAACGCUAGCCUUGACCAUUUCCUUUUUGACCCAAACAAGAGAGUACAUUUGGAUUGGGAAAGACGCUAUAAGAUCAUUGGUGGCAUAGCUCGAGGGCUCAUUUACCUACACGAGGACUCCCGGCUCCGGAUCAUUCAUCGGGAUCUCAAAGCUGGCAACAUUUUGUUAGAUGCGGAGAUGAACCCCAAGAUUGCCGAUUUCGGGUUGGCUAGACUUUUUGACUUCAACGAAACGGAAGGCACUACGAGAAGAGUUGUUGGAACUUACGGCUAUAUGGCUCCAGAGUAUCUCAUGCAUGGCAAUUUCUCGAUAAAGUCGGACGUAUUUAGUUUUGGUGUGCUUGUUCUGGAGAUUGUGAGCGGCAAAAGGAACAGACUUGUUCGUGGUGGAUCCUCUGAGGAGGAUCUUUUAACUUAUGCAUGGAAGAGUUGGAGGAACGCGAUGUAUUCGAACCUAAUAGACCCAUCUCUGGAGAACGGCGACGUUUCAGGUGUGGAGAUGACGAGAUGCAUCCACAUUGGAUUGUUAUGCGUCCAAAAGAAUGCAGACGACCGGCCCACCAUGGCCACGGUUGCUCAGAUGCUGACUAACUACUCGUUGACUCCGCCGCAGCCUUCCAAGCCGGGGUUUUUCAUGCAAACCGCCGGCGCCGGAGGAGAAUCGGAGGAAGGAGCAGCGGCAUCUAAUUCUCGAUCUGGAAUUCAUGAGGCCGCCGUCCCUUUGUCUUGGAAUGAAGUCUCCCUCACCGAGCUUUGUCCUCGCUAAAAUGACAGUCGAUGGAUCUUAUGCCACUUGCGUAUGCUGUUCCUUUGGAACGUGCGGCCGAAGUGAGUAUUGGGAUUGGCGGUGAAGGAAAUGAGAAAAAGGAAAAUUCAUUUAUAUUAUUUUGAAAAAAUCAGAAAUGAAAUUGAGUAUAUACG